AUAUAAGAUUUCAAUUAGGAAAUUACUGUAGUAUCUAUAUAAGCAUAUUAUUUUUAAUAAUUGUUGAAGAAUUAUAUGAAAUGAUAAAAGGAUUGCACAAGUUUUAUUCAGAUUUAUUCAUUAUAUCAAAGAAGAAAUAAUUUAUAAACAGGUUCUUAAUGUGAUAAUCAGCACCCACGAUGACUAUUUUACACAGCAGUUCCGGUCGGCCAUACUGUUCAACAGAUGCCAAAGUGCAAGCAGUUUUACCUCAACUGUCUGAAAUGCGAUUGGUUGCACUGACAAAACAAUUAUCGAGAAACAGAAAACAGCUUUAUUUGACACAAGGGAAUCUAGAAACUGAACUAGUUAAAACAAAACAUCAGUUUGCCAGAGAACAUAAACUAUCGGAAGAUACAUACACGCACAUUUCAGGACCAUUUAAAAAAUCACUUUUUCAUGUAAGAGGUGUUCAAAAAUGUCUAGAAAGACGUAAAACGGAGCUUCUGAUUGAUAAUGCCGGUGAUAGGUAUGGGCAAUAUGGAGGUCUAGAGGUAAAAUCAUUGAAGGGAGAAAUUGAUAUUAUAAUGAAAGACCAUAGUUAUCAGAACAUGAAAAUGAAGGAAUGCAAAAGAAUUCUUGCUGAAAGCAAAGCAGACGGUAGAAUCAUGAACAUUAAUAUGUGUCUACCCGUUCUAGAGGCGAUUCUAAAUAGACCAAGUAUGCCUGUGAGGCGAGAAAGAGCACUUGGAUUCGAUUCUGUACCAUCAACAGCCGAAUCUGCUAGAGUUCGUAGAACUUCAUUUAAACUACCUCCUGUGACAGCAUCUAGAUUAUUUACUCCUUCUAAAAGAAAGAGGGACGCUGAACAAAUACCAGUCAUAAUACAUGUGGACAGAGCAAACACUGUAAUAUAAACAUCAGAAUUCUUACGGAUUUAUGUUAAUAAAAUGCUUACAGUUUAAUGUAAGACUAUCUUAAAUAACGUGUAAAGUGUCUUUAAAAAUUAUCAAAAUUGAACUGAAAUUGUACGUGCUAUUAAACAUAAUAAUCACUGUAUUCAUCUCUUGUGCGUAAUUUUGAUAUGAAUAUAGCAAUGAACAAUAUUUCAAGUGAAAACAACACACUAGCGGCAUCUGUUUACUCAUCUAAGUUUUAUCAGGUCCAGAGUAGAGCAUGGCAAAAUGCAAAAAUCUCAGCGAAAUAUUGCCUAAUUCAGCAGAAAUAUCAAAUCCCACCAUAUACUCGAUAACCAAGUAUUAAUGCAAUCAAAAUGAAAUUAUAAUUUGCUUAUUUGUUAUGGAUUUAACAGUUACAAUUUAAACCUAUGAAACUAAGAAAUAUUUGUCUUGAAAGUAACGUAACAAAAUGGCGUUCAAGUUAUUUU